ACAAACUUUGUAGAGAAUAAAAAAAAAUGAAGACGACUACUUCAUUACUGCUUAUCUUCCUUCUUGUACUGUUCUUGCAAACUAACAAACUAGAGUGUGGGCAUGUCCGUUCCGCUGAUCAAGACACCGUCAAGAACAUCAACAACACCACUAGUGAAAACAAUACAACAACCCAAGUAAUUAUCAAGGACAAGAAAAGAAGUUAUGGUGGAGGAAGCGGGAGCUAUAGAUGGGGAUGGGGUGGUGGAGGAGGCGGAGGAGGAGGAGGCGGUGGAGGAGGAGGAGGAGGUGGCGGUGGUGGUGGCGGAGGAAGAGGAUGGGGAUGGGGAGGAGGAGGAGGUGGUGGAGGAUGGUACAAAUGGGGUUGCGGCGGAGGAGGAAGAGGAAAAGGAAGAGAAGGAAGAGGAGAGUUUGUGAAAAGAGAAUAUGCAGAGUGCAAAGGAAAAGGAAAAUGUAGAGGGAAGAGAUUGGAAUGUCCUCAACAUUGUGGAGGUUUUUGUUUUUACGAUUGUCUCUUUCUUUGCAAACCGCAUUGCCGUCGCUAGAGAUAUAUCCAUCCAUAUUGUUUGGUUUUUUAUGAUGGUCUUUUUGUGUUUUUUUUUUGUGUGUUUUUUUCGGUUUGUUUGGUUUUUAUUUUUGGUAACCUUUUUUCCUCAGGGCUUCUUCUCUACAAAUCUUUUGGUGCUUCUUGAGUAGUGAUGCAUGAUUAAAAAAAUAUCAAUUAUAUUAGGAUCUUGAUUCAUCUAGUUUUUGUUUGGCUUUCUAUAAUGAACUUAAAGUUCAUAUAAAAAUUCCCAUUUUUCUUGUGCCACUAAAUCUCUAAUG